UCGUGCCGUUGACGCGCCAUAUUGGGUGAUGGAGUUGGGAUUGCAUCGAGCUAGAAUCCAAGAGGAGGUAUGCCCGCCAAGCCCGUCGACGCAGGACACCCGCAAGAGAUCGACUAUGUGUCCAAGCAAGCCAACUUGACGGCGCAGAUCGAGAGCGAGCACAUGGCCGCAAAGCGCUGGUGGGACGACUUUGGGCUCUGCUACAUUGACAACUCCAAGGCCGAAGACUUUACGUACGAAAAUCGCAUCAAGAAGCUCCAGGAAAAGCUCCAGGAUGAAAAGAUGCAGAAGGCCAAGAUGACGACGACCAGCGCCGCGUAUGGCACGGGCAAACCGUUCAAGGAGUGCACGACCAAGAAGGCCCUCUUGCUCAAAAACCCCACCAAGAAAUGAGUUUUUAUAAACCGAAAUACAGUACGUAGACUGCUCGCGGUGCACGGACCGGUGCGUGUGAAU